CAUUACUGCCAAAGUCCAGCACAGGGAAGGAAGAAGCCACAGAAUACAUUUUAGUUUCCAGGGCAAAACUAGUGAAGUGUGGGGUGACCAGUCUGAGCUUGACUUGGAGAAGGAGGGAGGGAGGAAGAGGAAGGAGGGGAAGAAAAAGGAGCUACAUUUACGGUUUAACUGUCUGCAAAACAAGGAGUGGCUCAUUGUGGACGAGCAGGGAGGGUGAACAUCUCUGUUGAACAUGGGCAAAUCAGCCUCGAAGGUGUUUGCAGAGGAGGCAUUACACUCGCACAACGAUUACCGACGGAAGCACCAGGCCCCGCCCCUCCGACUCAGCAAGAAGCUCAGCCGCGAGGCAGCCAGGUAUGCUGAGAGCCUAGCCAGCACCAGAAUCCUGAAGCACAGUGCGGACUCCAGCAGAGGCAACUGUGGAGAAAACCUGGCCUGGGCCUCCUACGACCAAACAGGGAAGGACGUGUCUGAUCGCUGGUAUAAUGAGGUGCAGCAGUACAAUUUUAACCGUCCUGGCUUCACCUCUGGAACUGGUCACUUCACGGCAAUGGUGUGGAAGAGCUCCCGUAAGCUGGGCGUGGGGAAGGCCGUAGCGUCGGAUGGCUCCACAUUCGUGGUGGCACGCUACACCCCCGCCGGAAACAUCGUCAACCAGGGACAAUUUGAGGCUAAUGUGCUGCCACCGAGGAGCUGAGGAGAACCACCACUCUCUCACACCCAAUGCAUCCAAAUAUUUCAAUAUGCAGACUUCCAUCCUCCACUUGUGCUUGUGGCCUUGCAUUUUGCUGCCGUUCCGCCUCCGUGAGAAAACAAUAGUUUCCCUGCUGCUAAUCUAGCCAAAACAAUUUUUGGGGGACUGUUCUUCAUUCACUGUCCCGAUUGCAACUGAGGAAAAUACAUUAGAAUUGUGCUUUUGCAAGAUAUUAAAUUGAUUUUCUGCCGUGGAUGACGU